AUGACAAUAAAGCGGGAGGAUGAUGAAGCCGUGGACAAUAUUGAGGACACUGACGAUGAUGAUAUCGAGAGAGACAGAAUAGGAGGCGAUACGGUAGUUUGUGACGCCAAACUUGACACCGUGAACGAGGCGUUGAGCAGCGGCUCAGAAGACGAUGACGAUAAUGAUGAUGAUAUGAGACCUGUUUGUGUAGAUAAGUCGCGAAUCGAGCUUGAUGGCUGUGGUAUUGACAUAUUGAAAAGACUCCCCGUGAGAGAUGGAUCUGGUGCUGGGGUAACGGCCGCUAGUAACAAGGCCACAUCGGAGGAUGCAGGCAUGUCUGAUGAUGAAGGCGAUGACAAAGUGCUACUUGAAAUAGAUGAGUCGCUUAUCGUAGAUGAGGCCGGGGUUAUCGAGGCGCUGCUGUCCGAUGAUACGGUAUUUGAGGUCGAUGUUCGGCUCGGCAUUGGAAUAUCCUCCCUACUAGAUGGGGGAGUGCUAGUAGUUGGAGUAGGGUUCCCAGAUUGCGUUGGUGUGCUAUAG